AUGACUAUAGAAAGCGAUCCGGCCGAUGUGCCGUUGAGGAAUGUACAGGGCCGGAUGACGGGUUCUUUGGCGUUUGCCAUCUUUGCGGUGACACUUGGUUCUUUCCAAUUCGGGUACCAUAUUGGAUGCGUCAAUGCUCCUGGCGAGUUGGUCACUGCAUGGAUCCAAGAAUCACAUCGGAGCUUGUUCAAUCAAACACUCGAGAAAACCGGUGCCGAUUUGACCUGGUAA